GUGAUAAUCUCAUGCACUGCUAUUGGCGGCAGCACAUACAGCCGGCUAUAAUCCCUUUCAAAGGUUAUAUAAAGUUGCCAAUUUGACCAGCUGCAGUUGGCGAUGUGCAUCAUCCUCGCAGAGCAUCUUGUGGACGCACAACCGUCAUUCAUGGUCAAAGAUUCAGAGGAAAAAGAACAGGGAACAAAAUGUUGGUGAUAGUUGACCUUGUAUUGAUGUUAAUAGACUUUACGAUUGCUAUUUUGUGUGCAGUAGUGCGCACAGUCGUGCGGCCGCGUCUGAAACCCAUUGACGGAGAGCUGUGUCUCAUCACGGGAGCAGGGGGCGGACUGGGGCGCCUCUUUGCUUUAGAAUUUGCUAAAGAAGGAGCCGAGUUAGUGUUGUGGGAUUGCAACGCCGAGGCAAACGAGCAGACGGCUAAACUCGUGCGGGAAUUGGGGAUCAAAGCGCACACGUACACAAUCGACCUCUCCAAGCGCGAAACCAUCUACCAGACCGCAGACAGUGUGCGGCGCGAAGUGGGUGAUGUCACUAUGUUGGUAAACAACGCCGGGGUGGUGGCCGGACAAAAGUUUCUGGAGUGUCCAGAUGCGCUCCUGGAGAGGACCCUGCUGGUGAACUGCCAUGCUCUCUUUUGGAUGACAAAGGCAUUCCUUCCUCACAUGAAGGCCACGAACCAUGGCCACAUUGUCACUGUCGCUAGUACCCUUGGACUGUUCACCACAGCUUGUGUAGAGGACUAUUGCGCCAGUAAAUUUGGGGCAGUGGGUUUUCACGAGUCCCUAUCUCACUCUCUCUUGGCUGAGGGGGAUCUGAAUGGCAUCAAGACCACAUUGGUUUGCCCGUACAUUGUCAACACUGGCAUGUUUGCCGGAUGCCAGAUCAGAGAGGAGUUCCGUGGCCUGAUCCCUCCGCUGGAGCCUUUGGACUGUGUUCAGCGGUCCAUGAGGGCCAUACUGGGUGAUGAGACCAUGGUGUGCAUCCCCAGCAUCAUGAACCUAGCCGUCGUGUCUCGGGCAUUGCUUCCUUGGGACGCCAAUGUUGUCACAUACCGCUUCAUGGGAAGCGACAGAUGCAUGUAUCCCUUCCUCAAGGCCAAGCAGGAGCAGCAGCAGGAGCAGAAGCAGAAGGACCAUGUGGCCAAUGGGCAUGUCAAAUCUGGAUGAAGUCUCACCAUCACUGAUGGAACGUCAGUCUGUUGUGUUGGGGCCCAUGAAGACCUAUGCAGGAGUAGCGAUAAGCAGCAGGGGGUCUUAAACCAUCGCCUCUACUGUUGACGGGUGGUAUCCCUCAGAAGUCAGGUCAUGGACUUGCAUGUUAGUUGCCAAACUAACUGAUAACAAGAAACCAGCAACAAUACAAUUCGUUCUGAUCUUAUUAUAAUGUUAAUAUUGCUUUAAUUUUCUUUGAUUCAGUGAAAUCACGGACUACCAUUACAUUUUUUAUUUCCAGUAUGUCCAGGCACACAGGAAAACCUGUUCCCUUUGAUUUCUUAUUUAUUGAAAGGUCACAAAAUGUAUUUUAUUUCUGAAAGGGGACCAUUUACUG